GCUGGAGGCCGAGUAUCACUACCUCGAGGCUCAGGAGUGGACGGCAACAGUGAACAUGGACCGGUCCAAUGGGCUUUGGGAGGAGGCCUACCGGGUUCCCAAGGCUCACAGAGGAGCUGAUGCCCACAAGCACGUGGCCUAUCUGUGGGCAAAGAGCCUGGGAGGAGCAUCCUCAGUGAGACUGCUCACUAAGCUCGGACUCCAGGCAGCUGCCGUGGACCACGCCGCCGACAACUGAUGAAGCCCCACGCUUCUCUCCCCUGGACCCUUUCGAGACAGAGCUUCUACAUAGACAAGGAAAACGGCUGUAUAGCUGAGAAGUGUUUCUGAAAAUGGAGGCAGGAGUGAAGAAAUCCUUGGAAGAACGUGAUGGAGAGGGUAAAUUUGAAGAGGCCAAAGCUGAAUUCAUCAGGGCUGGUACGCCCAAGGAAGCAGUCCUCAUAUUCGUCCAUAACCAGGCCUGGGAAGCAGCUCAGCAAGUGGCCGAGGCCCACGAUCCUGACACUGUCGCCGAGGCGCUUGUGGGGCAGGCCCGGGGGGCCUUGGAGGAGAAGGACAUUCAGAAAGCAGAAGGGCUGCUGCUUCGGGCCCAGAGACCGGGCCUGCCCUUCAAUUAUUAUGAGGAGGCUGGAUUAUGGAGCGACGCUCUGUGGAUCUACAAGGACUAUGUGCGGGGUCAGCUGGAGGUUCUGAGGGAAGAGUAUGAGCGGGAGGCUACCAAGAAAGGGGCCAGGGGCAUGGAGGGGUUCGUGGACCAAGCUCGCCAGUGGGAGCAGGCUGGAGAGUAUAGCCGUGCCGUCGACUGCUACCUCAAGGUGCGGGGCUCAGGCAGCAGCAGCCUGGAGGAAAAGUGCUGGAUGAAGGUGAGGCGGGCUCCACCCUUCCUGGCUGCCCACUUCCCGGACCGCCCUCACAGCCAGCAUUCCUCCUCAGACAUUGCUUUUUCCUCCUGGGCCUCUCAUUUUCACUCAGGCGACAGGUACCUGCUGAGUGCUUGCUAGAUGCUAGAGCCAGAACUAUGAAAACUAUAAAAGGGGAUCUGAGGCAGAACGCCUAACAGACUGA